UCUCUAUUUAAUGGAAGUAUCUUUCGACUGUUUAUGCAUUUCAUUUCUUCUCAUUUGGUACUUCGUUCAGUCAAAACAAGUUGUACCGCUGUAAACAAAUUUUAAAGUUUGGGUGUAAAACGAGUAGAAGAAGGACCGUGAUACUUCCGUUAUUGCUGAUUUGAAGCACCAGUGCUUGGAAGUUCUUAGUGAAACUCUGCAUUUACAGUGACAUUCCAGUUCAUGAGGCCACAGAUCUCAGAAGAGUGUCUUGGGCAGCACAAGAAUAUAAACUAUGGAACAUGUUGGGCUGCACACAACACAGUUACACUUGGGCUUUCCAGGAUUUGCCUUUCACCCCCUUCCUUUGAUGACUGCUGCUUGUUUGCCACUUAGUGGAUGAAGGGACUGAUGACCUUGAAGUUUAAUCAAUUUUGCUCCAAACCAACCAACCAGAGUUAAACUACUCGAAGUGAAAAUCUGAUGUUAAGCCUGGCAUCCUGUUAAUGCAGUGGUGAAGAAUAUUGCAAGUCAACGGAAAAAAGAGAUGAGCAUAUUCUGAUUAUGGAUGCAGCAGUGAUGCACAUAAAAAUGAAAGCAAGGCAGCCCUUCAUUGUUAUAGAAACUUAUUGCUGAAACUAUUUAAUAUGAACAUAGGCAACACAAAUGCCGUUGCAAGAAGUUUGCGACAAUGGUCCUGUAUAAAUAAAGAAAUUCAUUACUACAGGUACACUGGCCAAGACCUUAUUGACACAUCACUUGAUGUGUUGAAUUUGAAUUUGUGGAGGUAAAUGAACAAGAAGUAUGCAAAAUGUAUUCAUCAGGACAGGCUGGCAUUCUAGUGCAAAUACUCAGUUGGCUUAAAAGGAACUUAAAAACCUGAUACCUACAUGAUUAACUUCCACAUUUUAGGAAGAACAUGUAUCUCCCAGUCCUACAAAUGAGUGUUAUGAAAGCAGUAUAAAAAAGGUGUCUGAAAACAUGUCUGAGGAUCAGCAGAAACCAAAAGUUGCAGAAACUGAGGAAUUGCCUGUGACACAGCCCUUUGAAUUUGUGUGUGUGAAGGAGGAGCAAUCUGAAGAAGACUAUGAAGUCAAACCAGUUGCAUCUGAGGUUUGCUCAGUUGUUUUUCAUGACAGCGAGGAACAUAGCCAACAACACAUUAAAGGUGAAGAAGAAGGAGAAGGAGAAGAAGUACAUCAUUCCGAGGACAGAGAUUCAGUUCAUGAAAGGCCGCCGAAUCCUGCUGCUGAUGACAACAGUGUUCCAGUGGAAGAAGCAGCCCUCCACGCAGAAACUCCUGCUUAUCUGACGGAUGACUCAAAUUACACCACAUUGCCAGAAGAGUCAGAGUGUGAUGGUAACAAGUUGUGGAACAGCAACUAUAGUGAACAUGACAGUACUUUAUCAAGAUUGAGACUCACUUUGAAAAAGAAGAGGCGUUCACGUACUGGAGAGAAAAGCUAUCCUUGUAAUGAAUGUGGAAAGUCUUUCCCUAAACCUUGUCAGUUGAAAUACCAUAUGCGUAAACACACCGGUGAGAGGCCCUACAUUUGUGGCAUCUGUGGAAAGACUUUUGCGAAAACAGCUCAUCUGAAUGUCCACAACCGUACGCAUACAGGUGAGAAGCCAUUCAAAUGUGACGUUUGUGGAAAAUCAUUCCCCGAUUCUGGCAAACAAAAGAGACAUAUGCGCUCACAUGCAGGGGAGAAGCCAUAUGUGUGCGACAUUUGUGGAAAGUGUUAUACUGUCCAUGGCAGUCUGACAAGCCACAAACGAUCCCACACGGGGGAGAACGCAUACAAGUGUGAUGUGUGUAACAAAACGUUUCCUAGACCUAGUGUUCUUAAAGUCCACAUGCGGUCACACACGGGCGAGAAACCCCAUGAAUGUGGAGUUUGUGGGAAAGGCUUCACUCAGUUUGGCAAUCUGAAGAGGCAUUUGCAUUCACAUAUAAUGGGGAGCCGACUCAGUAGUGUAAUGGUCAGCACUGCAGAGUAGGACACAGGGUCCACAGCUGCUAUUACGAGGACCUCCUCGAAGAAUCCAGCUUCAAUUGUUGAGGCUUCUUCAGAUUUUGCAGGCUGAGAAGAAAAUUUAUGGGAACCACUCAGCCUUGUGACUUGGUUUGCAAUAAGAAAACAGAUGCUUUGUGUUUCUCAUACUAACUGCAGUAGCUGGGAGAGGCUGGAGAGAUCGUAUUGACAGCCUGAUCUGCCAUGAGGCAGCACAUGACCAUCAGGGAAGGAAGCAGCUUAAUCACUGAAGAAGUGGAGUAGUAAGGGAGAAGCUAUAAAAGAUGAGGAAUUGUUUUUUUUUUUGGGGGGGGGGAGGGGGAGGGGGUGGCACCAAUGUGUAGAACAAGUUUUUCACAUCUGUGCUGUAUGCAGAGAGAUCUCUCAGACCAUCCAGUCAAAAACAGUUGCUGCAGACAGGUUGAAGUCAAUGCACUGUUGGCACAUGUGUUAUGUCUUCCGAGAAUUGCGUAAAGAUGCCCUGUCCUAAGUGAAUUUAUGGAUAGAGAAGACUGAAAGGAUUAUAGGCAUUGCUUUGCAUGCCUAUCUGAGUUCCUGGACUGAGGACUGUCAAACUGAAUUGAUUUUUAAGUAAUUGAGCACACUAUAUAAACUACUCAUUAUAGGCUUGUACUGUUUGCUGAAGCCUGAACUCAAGAUGUUUUACAGGAACCUGAAGUUUCCUGCCAGAGAAAAGUAGAUUUGGGCUUGUGGUACAAAAGAUAACUAAUUUUCAUUCUGCUUCUUCAUGGAUAAGAAAUCUACUUGAGGGAAAAGAAAAUCUUAGAAUACUCCUAUGGUUAUGUACCAGGUAUUUCAAAAUGAAUAUUGAGAUUUCAAUGCAUUGUAGCAUUUAUUACAUUCAACAUAAAAUAAUAAAUAAAAUAUCAAAUGAAAGAACAACUCAGUUUGUCAUACAAAUGUUCAAUGUGAGCACCAUUCAUCACACAGCACACACAGAGCUCUUCCAAGACCUUAUCAUUGUGUCUGGAGUAAUUGUUGUAACAACUGCUUCAAUCCAGUUUCCUAUGUCACGUAGAUCAGCUGUAGCGAAUGUACAGAUAAAGAGAACCUUUAAGAAACCCGAAAACAAAAAAUGUAUGGCGUCGGAUCGAGCGAACGUGGAGCCCACGUGAAACAAGCUCUGUCAACUGGACCCUAGCAGCCAACCCAACGAUUGGAUACAUCGUUUUUCAACAAUCGUACUGAGUUAUACCAGUGAGGCAGUGCAUUAACUUGCUGCCAAAUACAGUUACGUGGUUCAGCUUCUUCCAGUUGAGGAAGGACAAAUAGUUAUAGUGAAUCAAGAUACAAAACACCAGCUACAGUUGCUUCAUGGUAAAAGAAAGGCUCAUAAAUCUUCUGCUGUGAUCUGGUACCAAGAACAUUCAAUAUAGGGGAGUCUCAUUGCAACUGUACUGUCUCAUGGGGAUUUUCUGACCCCCGGAUGUGUUCACAUUUCCACUUAGAUGAAAUGUUGAUUCAUCACUGAAGAACACUGUACAGAAAAUCUCCGUAGUCAUGCAGUAACAUUUCAUUUGCAAAGUUAGCAUAUGUGCUCUGUGACUAAUGGUGCUCAGAUUAAACACUUAUGAGAAAAACUGUCUGAGUUGCUCUUUCAUUUGAUGUAUUAUUUAUUAUUUUAAGUUGAAGGUAAUACAUGCUACAAAGCCUUAAAAUUCUGAUAUUCAUUUUGAAACACCCGAUAUAAGCAGAAUGAUUUCAUGAAUGCAGACUUGCUGACACCUGAAUGUUUGUGUGCUGCGUCUACUCAUUCUGAAACUUCACUAAAUGGUAAGCAGCAGCUUCCAGCUGCACUUAAAUAUUAUUAGUACUCUUAAAUGACAACGAUACAGUGAUGAUUGUUCACCUUUUCAUGGGUGAUGGAGUAAACUGACAUUCAGCUUUAAAUAAGUGGCUAUUUACAUAUGAGCACAUUGGUGACUAUUUUUGUUCAAAUGGAACAAAUUUUUAUAAUGCAAGUAGCCAACUAUCAUACAACUCAAAAAUUGUAACAUCUUAAAAAAAAUGGUGUCCUAAAGAUCCAAUGUUUUGUAACAUAAACACACACACAGGAUGCGGUGUGUAGUGAUUAGUAUUUGGCACCAUAUGAUUAUGAUGUAUGUAUCAUCAAGUAAUAAAAAUAAAAAAUU